CGCAACUUUGAGUGUAUGCCUUUAUAUCAUCCGAAUGGUGAUGAGAUUUACCUAAUACUUUAAAUCCUGAUGCCACACAGCAGUAUAAUUUUCUGAACUAGACCCUACUGCUGUUUUUAAAUACUUAUAAUGUCUGGAUAUACGCAAAGUGAAAAUUUAAACCGUGGCUCCGAGACAAUGGUUGAUCGUUAUUGCAACUCUUUAAAUAUUCUUAAAGAAAAGGUUAUGAGUCUAUUAGAACAAUAUCAUUCAAUCAUUAUGCAGAAAAUGGAAUGUGAUUUAGGAAACUUACUCUCCUACGAUGCUGAUGGAUUUCAAAGUCAUUUGGCAGAUGUCUUUUCUCAGAUGAAUGAUGUUGAAGUCCAUCUUAACAACUUGGAAGCUUGGGCUGGACUUCCUCCUGAAUGCUUCACUUCAGCUAGUUUGAACUAUGGCAUCCCAGAUCCGGAUCAAGUAUCUCAUGAAGCCCAAACCCUAGUUGAGGCUAUCCGACAUUUACAAGCUGAAUUGCGUGCUAUGACUACAAAAAGUCAAACAAACAGCGCACUCGCUACAGGGAAUGUGCCAUCAGUUCCUCCAGCUGAGAAAAGUGAUAAUAACCAGGAUCGCACUACAUCUUCAGUUCUGAAUACAGUUGCAAAACAAAGUCCUCUUCCAUUAACGGCUAUAAAAUCUGAGAUUACUCCUUAUUCUGUCCAGUCUAAUCCAUGUAUAUCACCAUCUGCUGGUGAUCCGAAUCAAGGAUAUGUAGAUACAUUGCCACAAAUACCAUCUUUUCCAUCAAAUGAAGAAGGACGUAGUUGCCAUCACACCGGCAGUAGACCAUACAAUUCCAAUACUAAUACAGCUACCCGUUCACCUAGUAUCGAUCGACGUCAACAAUCUACUAUUUCGACUGACGUUUACCGCGUGACAUCUGGACACCAUUCUUCAUUCCCUUCACCUAUCCCACCACAACAAUAUGUUUCUGGUCAAUACAAUCAGUUCCCUCCUAGCUCUGUUGAAACCGUAUCUUCAAAUCGUAUGGCUUCUGAAACGUAUUCGCAAUACACAUCACCAGGGUGUUUAACACGAACAACUGAACAGUACACACCAAGACCUCACUAAUAUUAAUUUUGUUACUUUAAACUGGGUAACUUUUACAAUCAUGAUAACAUCAUACAGGAUGACAGUAUUAACUUUUGAUCUGUGUACAAAAUUUGAUCUCUUUUCAAACGUUUUUAUAUUUCAACAAUAGAUAAACGUUUUUUUAC